AUGGCUAGGCUUGAUGAACCUCUCAUUGGUUCUCCAAGCAAGACCAAAUCUCUAUUCCAAUUCCUCUUCCUUGGUGUGUCCUUGGUUGCCAUCCUCUGCUUCUCCCUCCGCCUAAGCUUCCAUGGCAACUCCUCUGAUCUUCUCCUCAUGCCCGUCUCUCCCCAAGUUUGUGCCACCACACUUCACCCAGACUCCUGCUCCAGCACCUUUGCCUCCGCCGGGACAACGCCCGCAACCGCUGCCACCAUCCUCGGUCGCAUUUUGGAGGAGUCGAUGCAGAGCCUACCUAGGCAUGUGGGCACGGUCAUAGCCUUGACUCACAAGGGAAACAAUGGCAAAAGAGAAGCUGGGCCGCUGGCUGACUGCCUCGACCUCAUGGACCAGACGGAGAGCCGAUUGGUCGACUCGCUCAAUGCAGUCGCCGGUCAGCCGACGGCUCAGGGGACACACGCGGACGUGCACACCUGGCUCAGUGCUGCACUCACCAACUACGUCACCUGCUUAGAUGGGCUUGACGGUACUGAUGCCAAGCUAGCGAUGGAGUCGGAGGUCAAGUCGUCGAUGGCGCUUCUCAGCACCUCGCUGGCAGUUCUCAAUCAAACGCAACCGACAGCCGAGCCGAUUCUCGGAGAGGUAUUGGGCGAGUUCUCGGCGUGGUUGAGUCCCGGGGAUCGGAAGCUCCUAACGGUCGAUUCUUGGGAUAAGGCAGUGAAAGCCGAUGUGGUGGUGGCGCAAGACGGGAGCGGGAAGUACACGACGGUGACGGCGGCGGUGAAUGCGGCCCUUUACCCCGUGGUUUUCACCCUCAUUGUUUAG